UACGCCUCACAUACAUACAGCUGCUUUUGCGGAACUGAAGUGGUGUUUAAGUGAUCAACAUUUUUCGGGAGCAUUUAAUUUUUCCCGAUGACCUCAAGUAAUUGAACAAAUAGGAACAUUGUGUUUGUUUUAAAGUAUUUAUUGUUUGUCAGUUUGUUUGUAACACAAAAAAUAAAAUAAACAUGGCUUCAGGAAGACCUAUUAAAUGCGUUGUUGUCGGAGAUGGAACGGUGGGAAAGACAUGCAUGCUGAUUUCAUAUACAACAGACAGUUUUCCCGGCGAAUAUGUUCCCACGGUAUUCGACAACUAUUCUGCCCCCAUGGUAGUAGACGGAGUGCAAGUUUCCCUCGGACUGUGGGAUACAGCUGGGCAGGAGGACUACGAUCGAUUACGACCCUUGUCGUAUCCCCAAACAGAUGUUUUUCUCAUAUGCUUCAGUGUAGCCAGCCCUUCCUCAUUUGAAAAUGUUACUUCCAAAUGGUAUCCUGAAAUCAAACAUCACUGCCCAGAUGCACCAAUUAUACUUGUUGGUACUAAGAUUGAUUUACGCGAGGACCGCGAAACGCUGAGUGCACUUGCUGAGCAAGGCCUGUCGGCACUGAAACGUGAACAGGGACAAAAGCUAGCCAACAAAGUCCGUGCUGUCAAGUACAUGGAGUGCUCGGCACUAACCCAGCGUGGUCUUAAGCAAGUGUUUGACGAAGCUGUCAGAGCCGUUCUUCGACCGGAGCCACUCAAACGACGUCAACGAAAAUGUGUUGUGAUGUAAACAGAUGAAGUCUUCUUACGAGAUUCGAAUACUACCGGAGUCUCUUGUACAUAGGAAAUCGUAGUGGAAAAGGAACUGGUGAAUCACAAAGAAAAACCCACAAGCAAAUUUCAAACAAAACAAUAUACAAAAUCUUAGUUUAAUGAAUCUCUUCGACGGUUUUAGAAACAUGAAGCAAAUACUAAGCAGAACAAUAAGUCCCUAAACUAACCAAAAAUUAGGCAGACCUUUUAAACCGUGCUACUUUGAAACAAUUCUCAUCGUUUGAGACAUUUGUGUGCCAUCGUAACUAACCACGAGCGAAAUAAAUGAGCAGCAGUUUUCUAAGAAACAAAAGCAUUCGGUAUACCUCACUCCCUGUUUCGACCAAUAUUAAUUUUCAAUAUUUCGCCGCAAUGAAGACUGUGUUUCGAAUCUGAUAGAGUAGAACAAGAUAAUUAAACUAAAGCAAAGCACCAUUUUAACGCUAACGCCCAAAAUAUACAAUUCUGCAAAGCAUACCGCUUACGACAAAUUGAUAAACGAAGAUUUUUUACGGCAUUUUUGUUUUUAGAAAUUGUUUUAACUGAGUGGACCUUUUUAUUUUCGCAAUUUAUUGUUUUCCACCAUUUCUGUUUUAUUUCAAGCAGGUUUACAACACCAAAAAGACAGGAAAGGGCCUAAAGAAGCUUGCAGAAUUUAUGUAUAUGAAGUAACAGAAACGAUCAAUUAUUGCAAAAUUAUUGCACAUACAUCUCAGAAA